CCCCCCAGAUGAAGAAUAAACUGGCCAUGGUUCUCUGUUCUUCAACUGGGCUGGGGAAAAAAAUAGGCUUUUGUAGAAUGUCAUGUUUUCUUCCAUGGAUUAGCUACCUCUACGACCAUCAGUGUUUUACAAUACAAUAAUGUACUUUUUCUUAAUAUGUUAUGUAGAUCCUCUCCUUAUAUAUAAACUACAAGUUUUUCUUUAUGUUUAAAAUGUUCUUUAACCUGGCAGUACAAUGAAGAUAAACAUAGCCUAUUUCCAUUCCAUUCCUUUGUCAGUAUUUUCCAUAGAAAUAUAAUUAUUGUUGUCAUAACGAUGUUGGCAACAAUGAGAGGAAUUGAAACAAUACUGAUUAUGCCUGCAGUUUGUACAGUAAGCCAACAGUUGGCUGUGUGUGUCUUGGUCUGUCCUCUCAGGCUGUGACAGAGGUCUGCAGGGUCAUGGCUAGAAGGGAUCCAGCUUGUGUCAAGUUAACAUCAAAAGUAAUUUCCCCCCCCAUUUUAGUUAGACAAAGCUGGAUCCCAUCUAGCCAUGACCGAUCUACAGGGCCAAGGAAUGGGUGUGAGUAUCGGAUUUCCCCUCGUCACUGGUACCCACCUGUCUCACUCACUCAAACUGAUGCCUGCCUUUACAGUCCCUCACUCACUCACCCCUCUGCUCUAACCACUAACCAUUGGAUCACUUUUUGGAAAUUACCUGCAUAAAGCUGAAAAGGGAUAUAUCAAUCAAGAGUUGGAAUGGUUCGGAGGCCUCCGGUGUGACAGGUUGCUCAUCACAUAUGAAAGGAAACUGGUGAAGAAAGCCUUUUCCAUACAUCCACAUACCAGAUUUAAUUUCUUCAUUGACUGGACUAGCAACGAGUAGGACCAAGUGGGUAGCACUGCAGGACGAGAGUGAGAGCUCACACACUACACCAUGGCCCAAUAUGACCAACUGGAAGAUAAACAUUCUGUGGAUAUCCACGAUAACCCCACAGCCCCUGACAAUAUUGUGAAAGAAGAAGACAAUACUGUAUACUUUAUUUAUGAGGAGGAGGUGGAAGUGGAGGAGAAGGAGCCCGAGCCUGAGCCCGUUGUUAUAUUGGUGAAUGACAAACCACACAAGUUCAAGGACCACUACUGCAAGACGCCCAAGUUCUGUGACGUCUGUGCUCGUAUGAUAGUCCUCAACAACAAGUUUGCUCUACGGUGCAAAAACUGCAAGACCAACAUCCAUCACUCAUGCCAGUCCUAUGUCGAGUAUCAGAAGUGCUUUGGAAAAAUUCCCCCAGGUUUCAGACGGGCCUACAGCUCCCCUCUAUACAGUAGUGACCAGACAGAUUCAGCCCACUCCAACCGUAACGACCCUGUGUUUGACACACUGCGGGUUGGGGUCGUCAUGGCAAACAAGGAGCGCAAGAAGGGGUCUGAGGACAAGAAGAAUAUGAUGAUGAUGAUGAUGGAGGAAGAGGAAUCCCAACAACCCAAAGAAAACGAGCAGGCAGAAGGAAAGCCAGAGGGGGAUAAGAAAGGAGACAAGGCUGACAAAGCAGAUGACAAGAAAAAGAAGGAGAUGGGAAACAUGGGAAAUCAGUCACAUUACUACCUGGCUCUGUAUCGCUUCAAGGCUAUUGAGAAAGACGACCUUGACUUCCAUCCUGGUGAUCGAAUCACUAUAAUUGAUGAUGCAAAUGAGGAAUGGUGGAGGGGGAAGAUUGGGGAGAAGACAGGUUACCUCCCCACCAAUUACAUCAUUAGAAUAAAAACGGGAGAGAGGGUGUUCAAGGUGACGCGGUCCGUCGUGGGAAACAGAGAGAUGGGUCAGAUAACACUAAAAAAAGACCAGAUCGUGGUGAAGAAGGGAGAGGAGGUGAAUGGCUACUUGAAGGUCAGCACAGGCCGCAAGCUGGGCUUCUUUCCCACUGACCUGCUCCAGGAGAUCUGAGCCUGACCGGACCACAACCACAGGUCUAGAGUCACACCGUCACCAGGAACAUAACACCAAACCCAAAACCUAAACACAUGAUGACAUAUACACUAACACUUGUAUUUUCCACUUUUUGGGGCCUAUAGAGCUGAUCUGGUGAAUGUUUGAGCACUGUAAAUUGUGUUGAGUGUAACUUAAUACUGCAGCCUACCCACCCUGGUGAAGUGGAUCAGCUGGCCAUGCAAUCCGAGCUGGACAGAGAGAUGUGACCAGGAGUGUGUGGUGGACACCUAAAAAGUGAACGUUUGUGACAUUUUAAUAUGAUCAAAACAGGACAACCUGAAACUACAUCUUCAUAAACUUGAACCAAAAAAAGUUUCUAAACCCAAUGGCUGUAACUACUGACUAUCUGCUAAGUAACUAGGAUUUUUACUUUGUUUUUGUUAUGCAAACUAAAUUGUCUUGGAGGCUAAUGUAUUGCUUACUCUUAUUGUAGUAGUUCCUUUUUUAUAUAUAGUUAGCUGAAAUUCUAGUGCUUCAUUUUCCCCUUGAUGCAAAUGUUCAAGAGGGUGGGGAGUUUGACUGGGGCGGUACACCUGUCAAACGGUAACGCAGGAGUCCUAAGGUGAGCUCAGGGAGGACAGAAACCUCCCGUGGAGCAGAAGGGCAUUUGAGCUGUUGUUGCCAUAAUAUGUGCUUUGUCUUUUACCAGAUCUUCUGUAUACCACCCCUACCUUGUCACAACACAACUGAUUGGCAUUAAAGUGCAUGUUGUAAUUUAAAAAAAAUAAUCUUUAACAAAACAGCGUGCUGUGCAUUCAUUCUAUUUAUAUAUAGAGCAAUAGACAAUGUAAGCCUGGCUGACAGAGACCCACAAACUUGCCAGACAAAUGAAGUUGAAAUCAUUGAUGCAAUAUUGUAACGUUACUCUACAGUCAUUUUAUUAAGUACUAACAGCAGAGUGCAGGCUUUUCCCAUUUAUUGUCUUUCUUGAUAUGCAUCUGUGACACCAUCAUAGUGGUGAAAUCAAUUCACAAUUUGAAAUAAAGUCCUCUUUUUAAUCAG